AUGUUUUCAUACUUGAGCAAAAAGAUUGCUAUUCCAGAUAAUAAAAAACUGAAAUCCAUUUCAUGGAGCAAAAGUCAUGGAUACAUUGCUUGUGGAGGAGAAGAUGGUCUGCUGAAAAUUCUCAAGCUUGAAAUGCAAAGCGAUGACAAAUUCAAAGGUCUCGCAGCUCAAACAAAUUUAGUGAUGAAUCAGACAUUAGAAGGACAUACAAGUACUGUUCAGGUAAUCACGUGGAAUGAGAAGUUCGGGAAAGUCACGUCAUCAGACCAAAAUGGGCUUAUAGUAGUUUGGAUGCUCUACAAAGGAGCUUGGUAUGAAGAAAUGAUAAAUAACAGAAACAAAUCUUCCGUUCAGGAUAUGAAGUGGGACCAUGAAGGUCAGAGAAUAUGCAUAGUAUACAAGGAUGGAGCCGCGAUUGUUGGUUCUGUUGAUGGCAAUAGAAUCUGGGGGAAGGAGUUAAAAUGUGGAAAUCUCACGUCCGUCGAAUGGUCACCGGAUGGAUUUAUUCUCCUGUUUGGUCUUCUGACGGGAGAAGUCUAUGUUUAUGACAGCUGUGGGAACUUUAUUUCUAAAAUAUUGAUAUACUGUCUGAACAAUGUAUAUGGAGCUAUUCGUCUUGUAGGCUUGGACUGGUAUAAAGGAGGUAACAGAAAUGAUUUACAGAUGCUGCCAUCAUUAGCUGUAUGCUAUGACAUUGGACGCUGUCAAAUAAUGAGAAGUCACGAUGAUCCAGAUCCAGUUCUGUUGGACACAGGCAUCCAGAUAACGUGUUCCUGUUGGAAUGAAGAUGGUUCAAUGUUGGCUGUAGCAGGAACACAAAAGUGCACUCAGCUCACUACCACACCUGGUACUAAGUCAAAUGAUCGUGACAUAAACGUUGUACAGUUUUACAAUCCUCUAGGUGAUCAUUUGCGUACAUUGUGUUUACCCGGUAAAUGUCUAACUGCAUGUGCAUGGGAAGGCAAUGGUUCGUUAAGAUUAGCUUUGACCGUGGACUCUUUCAUUUACUUUGCCAAUUUACGUCCAAAUUACAAAUGGGCGUAUAGUUCAGCAACGAAUACAAUAGUUUACAGUUAUUCACAACGACAUACGUUUGAUACUUCGGUCGUAUUCUGGAAUUUAAAAACAAAGAAGACUAAAAUGCUUUCAGUCCGUCAUUUAUUGCAUAUUUGUGCUGCCGAAGAUUAUGUUUGUUUGGUUUGUAAAGUUAAUGAUUGUGGUCGUGGGGUUUUAUUGACUCUAUGUACAGCAAUAGGCGUUGCGUUAGAGUCGAAACGUGUACAAUUUGAACCGAUUCAAACUGUGAUGACUGCAAAUCAGAUAAUUUUAGUCAACAAAAGUUUUAUUUAUGCCUGGCAGUGUUUUACACCAAAACAGAUUCUUGAUUUAGGCUCUGCAUUCACUUCAUCGUCUCUUCGUCAACGUGAUGGAAUUGAAAGACUUUAUCAUAUUGAUACAGUUUCAAUGAAAACGUCAACAUCUUUAGAUGAUGAUAAUAUCGUUCCAUCAGUACUUCAGACAGGAGUGAAUUGGGAUAUACUGAAACAGCCUGCUUCGUCUGAUCCAAUAUGUACAAUAACAGUUAGUCAGUCAACUCGACGCUUAUUUAUUGCUCGAGAAUCAGGUUCAAUACAAUUUCACAGACUACCUGAUUUAUACCUUGAAAUGACGUUUCGAAUAGAUAAUAAUCGUCCAUAUCGGAUAUACGUGAAUUGUGAUGCUACGUGUUUAGCUGUUGUCGAUGAAUCAGGAAUACUACGGUUACACUUGAUACCUGACUCUUUUAACAAUCUUCCCUCAUCUGUGAAGUUCCAAAAUAUUGAUAAUUUCAUGAGGAAAGACGUCUGGGAUGUCAAAUUCGAGGAGGAAAAUCCUCAUAUAUUUGCUAUCAUGGAAAAAACCAGAAUGUAUAUAUUUGAUGGUCUACAGGCUGAGCCAGCAGUUCAAGCAUCUACUUUCUUGUAUGAAUUUAAAGAUCUGGAAGUUCAAGGUAUCCUGCUGGAUGAAUUAGUUGCUGCUACAAACCAACCGAAUGAAGAAUUUCUUAUGAAGACACCUAUCAAAAAAGUUCGAGAUUUCAAACAAAUACUGGAAAAAGAUGGACUUGAAAAAGCAUCAGAAUUUGUCAAUAACAAUCCACAUGUUAGACUUAGACGUUUAUUAAUUGAAGCAUGUUUAGAGAAGCAAAAUUUGGAUAUGGCUGAAUUACAAUUCGUUCAUCUACAAGAAUAUUCUGGAAUACAGUUUAUUAAAAAAUUGAGAAAUAUUCAGUCGAAGUUAAUUAGAAAAGCAGAAAUAAAUGCCUAUUUCAAAAGAUAUGAUGAAGCAGAAACACUGUUGCUUAAAAAUGAUCGUCCUGAUUUAGCUGUGGAAUUAAGAAAACGUCUGGGUGAUUGGUUUCGUGUAGCUCAGCUAACUAAAGAUACUGGUAUAUUAGUGAAAGAUGUAGAACAAUCUGAAAUAUGGAAUGCAAUGGGUGAUCAUUUUCGGGAUCAAAUGUUUUGGGAUAAAGCAGCUGAUUAUUAUCAACAAGGCAAUGAUUUUGUUAAAUUUGCUGAAUGCUUAUACCAAUUAGAAGACUAUCAAGGUAUUGGAAGACUUAUCGAAGGAAUGCCAGACUGUCACAAUGCUCUACACGAUUUUGGCCUAAGAUUUGCUAGUCUUGGAAUGAUACAAGAAGCUGUAUUUUCACUAAUGAAAGGUAAUCAUCGUAAAGAAGCAAUCGAUAUAUGUUUGCGAUUCAACCAUUGGCGUAUUGCUUACGAAUUAGCAAAACGUUUAGAUACACAAGAUAUUAAUAGUCAACAACAAUAUGGUCUAAAACAACUACAAAAGAAGAUCGAUGAUGUUUUAAAUCAGUCAGUCAAUCAUUUUAUUGAAAAAGGCAAAGUAAUUCAAGCUGUUGAACUAUAUAAAUGUGCUGGUCGAUUUUUAGAAGCUGCUGAAUUACUGUAUAAGGAAGCCCAAAAGGCCAGAACAACCUCGAAUAUACCACCAUUAUACAUGAAAAAAAUGUAUGUUCUCAUUGGUCUAUUAAUGGAGCAAUACUAUGAGCAAACUAAACAACAGGUUAAUGUAAAACCCAGAAAUACUACAUGUGGUGAAGGUGUAUUGCAAGCCAGCUCUGCAAUUGCCGGAUUACUAUUAGCGGAAAAAGAGCACACAUUAUUGAAUUACAAUGAUGUAAAUCAUUUAGAUACCAAAGCAAAUCACAAAGAGAACAAGAAAGGAAACGAAAGUACUGUCCACAAGCAGUCAGAGAUUCUAAAGAACACCACAACCGAUGGGAAGACAAACCAACUUCCUUCGCAACAGUUACAUAAUUCAACGAGGAAUUCAAAUACCGAUAUGCAUUUGGCUAGAACAAGUGAAAUCGGUCGACUUAUUGACCAACCUUGGCGAGGAGCUAAAGCUUAUCAUUAUAUGAUGUUGGCUGAGAAACAACUUUAUGCUGGUUCAGUAAAUCGAGCUUUUAGAACCGCACAGUUACUGAAAGAUUAUGAAGAUAUUCUUAAUCCGUACAAAAUCUAUAGUUUGAUUGCUCUUUGUUCCAUCUAUGCAAAAAACUUUGCGACGUGUUCUAAAGCAUUUAUAAAACUGGAGAAUUUAACAGAUAUCUCACAAGGAGAACACCAUGCGAUUAAAGAAUUGGCUUUAGAUAUAUUUUCCAAACACCAACCUACAAAUGAACAAACCACACCAGCGUUUCCCGAAAUGGAUUCCAUGCUAGAAAGUGAAGCGAAAAUUCCGGUAUGCAUAGUCACUGGGCAACCAGUUACGGAUUAUCAAUUUUGGAUGUGUCCAACCUGUAAGCAUUGUGCUUAUGAACAUGAGAUCACUAGAUUACAUAAUUGUCCUCUGUGUCACUUCCCUGUUCAAUAA